AUGUAUGACAGUGGGGGCAGCCUGGAUGGAGAGGAAGGGGCGGAUUCCGGAGAAGCUGUGGAGAAGGGACCCAUAGGAUGCGGUGCCCCGCUGAAUGAGAAAGAGGAGUACAGGAUAAUGUCACGGGACAGCGGCGCGGGCCCCGGGGCCGAAGCACAGUUCCAUGAGAGCUGCCGGCCGGGGACCCGGCCCCAAGCCUCCGCCGUCCCGUCCGUCCGGACCGUCCGGGGAUUCCGGUCCGUCCGGUCCCUCCGGAGCGUCCGGAGCGUCGGCCCCGGCCCGGGCAUCGCCGGGAUCAGCGCCGCCGUCCGGGGCAUCACCGUCACCAUCACCAUCACCGCCGUCCCUCCCGUCCGAGGCAUCUCCAUCACCAUCACCAUCACCACCUCCCCUCCCGUCCGAGGCAUCACUGUUACCAUCACCGCCGUCCCUCCCGUCCGGGGAAUCACCAUCACCAUCAUCCCCAUCACCGCCUCCCCUCCCGUCUGGGGCAUCACCAUCAUCCCCAUCACCAUCACCGCCGCCCCUCCCGUCCGGGGUAUCACUGCCACCGCCGUCGCCACCGUCGCCGGGCCGGUCCCGUCCGGGCCAUCACCGCCGUCGCCGGUGCCGUCCGAAGCUCCCGCCGGGCCGAUGCUGGGCCCGGGGCCGGGGCCGGGGCCGGGGUCAGGCCCGGGGCACCGGGAGCCGGUCCCCAAGCGGCCAUCGACCCAGCGCCGAACCGCCUUCUCCGUCCUGGACAUCCUGGACCCGCACAAGUUCACGCCCUUGAGAGGCGCCUGUCCCGGCCCGGGAGGAAGUUUAGGGGUCGCCGGGGCUGGGCCCGGAUCAGGGCCGGGGUCCGCCCAGGACCCGCAGACUCAGCCCGAAGCACAGGAAGAGAAAGGAGAGGACAAGGAGGAGGAGAGAGAGGAGGAAGAGAGGGCAGGCCUGCACCAUUCGCCCGGUCUCCAGGGGCCCGCAGCAGUCCGCCUGUCCAGCGACGGCUCCCCGCACCGCCAGCCGAGCUGCACCAGGCCUCGCCGGGCCCGCACCGCCUUCACGUAUGAACAGUUGGUGGUCUUGGAGAGCAAGUUCAGUGCUUCACGGUACCUGUCGGUGUGCGAGCGGCUCAGCCUGGCACUGGCCCUCAGCCUGACCGAGACACAGGUCAAAAUCUGGUUUCAGAAUCGCAGGACCAAGUGGAAGAAGCAGAACCCUGGGGCGGACGGGCCCGGCGCGGGGCCCGGUGCUUCCCCUGGGGCGGCCGGUCCCAGCUCGCUCCCCGCGGGGCCUUGCGGCGGCCCC